AGAUUUAAUCGUUCUCCUUUUUCAGACAUGCCUAAAAAAGACCCAUCUUCUACUCCUCUUUCUCUCUCUUCCGGCGAUCCUGCUAUCCCAGUUCAACGGCGAAAACGUCUCCUUGCGAAGCGCAGCUGUAUAAGUUGCCGUGAAAAGAAGACUCGCUGCGAGUUACCUGACCUCCAUGUCCCUUCUUCUAGAGAACCAGUAGCCAACUCAAAGCGGUGUCAUCGAUGUAAUGUGCUUGACGUGAACUGUGUCGUAUGGGACGGAGAUCGGAAGAGAAAACCCAGAUUGCCACUAUACAGCAACACAACUCAGUCUGAUGAUGUUGACAGAAGUGAGAACAAACAUACAGACACACACUCGACUUGGAGUCCACUUUCUCAUCUUGCCUAUGCCGCCCAAAUUAUCGGUGCAUCUACUUCAUCAUCCCCCUUAUAUCAGCACUCUCCCUCAAAUUGUUCAACGGCAACAACCACACCGACAAUUUCCUCACCUUCACAAUCUGAUCCUUUCUUUGAGCCAAAUGAUGACUCCUUCAAAAACAUUGCUUCAAGCUCAGGGUCUCUAGAAUCUUCUCUCCCAGAUUACGUCAAUGGCAUUCGAACUCACAUUGAACGUGUUUCACCCUCACCAAAUGAUAAGACCAACCAAAGCCACGAUCGAACGGAUUCUAAGGGCCCAAUUCAAAAAGACUAUUCCUUUGGUCAUCAUGAUGGUGAUCAACCAAAUCGUCCUCAACAACCAUCAUGCUUGAACAAGGGAACUGCAUCCGCAUCUGCAUCCGAGCAAAAGCCAUCCUUGAUGACAUGGCGUUGUGCAUGGAAGUCAACUUCAACGCUUAUUGAUUAUGCAGCCCAGCAACGACAGUUCACACGCUACAUGGUCAGCCGCAUUGCAUCGCCCUAUUAUGGAAUAAAGGCCAUCGAUGUCUUGGACAUGAUUAACAAGGAAGAUUGUUUCGCCUUGAAGAUUUUUAUGACACCUUAUCUUGCUUGGCAUCCUCAUUUGCCAUCGCUUGAAGUGCUCUAUGACCUCCACCAGCAACAGCCAAACAAAUCAACGUCCCUACUGUUCGCAUCCAUGUGUCUUGUAGCAUCUCGACACCGUCAUUCACUAUCUUCAAGCUUGAUGCAAGGUCUCUCUGCCGUUGUAGAUCGUUUAGGAACACAGGUGAUAUAUUCUUCAAUCUGUAAUCUUCAAGUUGUCCAGGCAUUCGAACUUCUUCUUGCUCAAGAACCGAGUCUUGUAGGCACUGGUGUUUGUGGCGACGCAGAUGAGCAAGCACAUAGAGGUAAUGGUCUAGCGGGUGACAACGUGUUGUCGUAUGCUCUCAACAUCUCCAAAAGUAUAGGAAUUGACAAGUCCGUUGGUACGCUCCAUAAGCUUCUUGGAGAGAAGACUGAAUAUGACCCGACAGAGAAAGCACGAGAGGAACGAACUGAUCAGCUGAAAAAUUUGAUGUGUAUGGCCUCAUUAUGGGUCAGUUUGCGACUGUGGGAAUGUCAUUACUUAUUAAUCAGGCCCAUUACACCAGUCUUUCGUGACCUGAAUCAUUUGGCGGAUGAUGCAAAAUGCAUGAUUGCGAUUGACGGAUCUGGAAAUAAGGUACAGGCAGCUCCAAUAACAACAGACGGAAUCUCAACUAGUGUCCUGAAAGAUCACGAGGUAGAAGCAGAAGAAAAACUCCGUUCGGCAGGUCGAACUGUUUUGGCACAUAGGAUUUGGGGAAUGGCUACCGCGCAUAAAUGUUUGGCUAAGCUGGAUGAUGUUCUUUUACAUACAAAGGAUGAAGGGCUUUCAACGCCGCUACAAGCACAUGAAGGACUUAUCAAUGAUAGAAGAGGCACCGAUCUGCACACUAUGGACGAAAUUGUUGCCAUAGUUAUAAAGGCUUUAAAAGAGCAGGCCGAAAAUGAGCUCAGCAUGCAGGGAGAUAUGGCACCAUAUGUACUAUAUGAAUCAGCUAACCUUGCAGAAGAAUGGAGCCAGUUAGAGGCGUACUCAGUCUCUUCAACUCUUUGCACAUUUGGCAUCUGUGCCUUGUACAAUGGUCGGUUGGAAGCAACAUUUUAUCCAAAGAUGUUUUGGGAAACAUUGCGGCAUGACAAAGAGCUAAUGGAGCGCGUCGGGAUCAUAGGCAAAAGUAGAUUGGACCUCUUAGAGAAGCUUGUCGCGUCCUUUAACUUCUUUAGCCGUAGACUGACAUUUGCAGCUGCGGCUGCAGGUGCUUCAAGUAAAACAACACACGGCAUACGUAAAGCCUACAGCGGCGUUGUAGAGUUGAUAGGGGCACCGAUUUUAUUGACAUGUGGUUUUGUGAUUGACGCCUGUAAAGUAUUUUUGGAGGGCUCAGCAUUCGUUUUAGUCAAUUAUUCUGCAAUCCAACAAAACUUCGAUGCACGGUUGUUGUUUAUGGUUCAGGCAGCACAGCGACUGGAAGAGCUGGACGACAAUAGAUAUGAACAGGUCGACGUCAACCAGGAUCACGACAUGGAAGAAGGAGGAGAAAGUCAUGGAGAUGAUUCCAAAGACGGCAACACUCAUCUUCCGUUGCUGAGCAUACCUCAGCUCUCAGCAAAAUUUGUAAGAGAAAUGGUAGAGACAUUGCAGAAGUGGAGAUUGGCACUUUCUAUCUACCGUAGGCCUAGAGCGCCUGUUACAGUGAAUCAGAAGGAUGAUAAUCAGGCUGCAUCUUCACAGUCUGUUGGGACACUUAAUACUAAUGGUGAUAGUCAAAAAGACAAUGAGCUGACAAAGCCAACCCGAUCAAUGAAUCCUUCUGUUCAAGCUUCGCAACUAUCAGCUUCUCUGCCAGCGUUGCAGAUGGCCAACAGAUCAAUAGUGGAUACCAACAAAGCGCUAAAUGGCUUUACCACUCACAACCAUGCGGGGGCUCCUAUUGCUAAUGUCGAUGGAUGGAGUUCUAUAGGGUCCACACAUACAACGCCACUUUCUGGGCUUAAUCCUGAAGCAGCACCUCCACCCACAGUACUAUCUCAGACCAAUGCCUAUGCUCACCUCAUGUUCCCUGCACAGCACUGGUCUGUAGGAGAAUCUGAGCGCGCAAGGGAUCAAUGUCCUCCAUCUGUAAUGCCCUUAGAGCCUUUCUUGGCUACUGGGAUCAUUCCGACUCCAACAGCUCCUGUAGGCGAUAGUGACAUCAGCAAGUUGUAUGACAUACCCCUAAUCAACUCAUUUUUCGAUUCGAUCUUUCCAUAUUAUUAGUAAAAGAU